ACCCGCCUCGGGGCCAGAGCCUCGUGGUCAUAGACUGAAGCGUUGGCGUGGAUGAGCGGAGAAACCUCGACCCCUUAAAGUCGCCGUCUCGUUUCCAUGGAGACGUGGGUGCGUUUGGUGGCGGGGCUGCUUCUGUGGACCGGAGGGUCCAGGUCAAAACACAUUUUCAUUCAGACCGGACACAAUCUGGAUUUGCACGUCUCAAAUAGUCAAAUACAAACUGGUGCAUUUUUUUGGAAAUUCAAUGACAGCAAAAAUUUAAUAAGAAUGUAUUCAGAUAAGAGCAGGUACACAGGUUCUGAGUACAAAGACAGAGUGGAGUUUUUCCCUCAGAAUUUGUCUCUGAUUCUGAAAAACCUCCAGUUCAGCGACACUGGGACCUACACGGCCGUGGCGUCUGAAGAGAAAGACAGAAUACUCGAUACUUUUUUUGUCACAGACAAAGACACAAUACUCGAUACUUUUUUUGUCACAGUCGAAGCUCCAGUGUCGGCGGUGUCUCUGAGUCUGGACUCUGUGUCCUUCAGCUCAGACUCCUGUAACUUCAUCGCGAGCUGCGCCGCCGAGCUCUACAACGUCAGCCGCUCUUUCACCUGCGACACGCGCCGCUGCGAGGAGCCCCGCCCACAAAGGCACGGACACGCCUUUCUAGACCUGAAACUGUCCGGUGAUUGGGUCGUCUGUAACCAUAGCAACCACGUCAGCUGGACCAACGACACCAGGGACUAUCGCCAAAUGUGCUGGAGUCAGACAGGUGCGUCCGUGUCGAGCGUGUGUGUGGUGAAGACGGCGGUGUAUUGCGCGGGGCUGCUCCUCAUGCUGUCCGCCGUCAUCGCCGUGCACGUGCUGGAACGCCGGGCCAAACAGGACUGAGCCUCCUGACUCCUCCUCUUAUAGCCCCGCCCACAGAGGAGGCCACGGUGACAUAACGGGCCGUGUUAUGUUUCUUUGUUUAGGCUUUAGCUCUUCUCUCAAAAACUGAAAACACUCUGUUCCACCUUGUGAUGUCAUCAUGUGGUGAUACAGGAAGUGCUCCACUGUGUUUUUAAACUCCACACACCUUCAUUUCAAGAAUCUUUUGGAUCUUUUCAGUCCUGGAGUUGUCUCUUAUCUCGACUGAACUAAAGGUAAAAGGAGGAGUUCACUUGAAAAACACCACUUGAUGACAUCACAAGGUGGAACGGACUGUUUUGAGCUUUGGAGAUGUACUUGCAGGACGUGUUAUUUGACUCCAGUUUUGAUUGUAUUGUUACCAUUUUUGCUCUUUGUUAUUAUAUGAUAUUGUGAUGUGCCCA